AUGGACCUGACAUUAAUCUCUAGCACUGUACCCAAGAUGGCAACUGACUUCUUCUCAGGGAGGAGAAACAUCUCCCGAGGGGCCUGUGGAACUCAGAUCUUCUUCUUUCUGACUCUAGGAAUCGCUGAGUGCAUCCUCAUCACCCUCAUGGCCUAUGACCGGUACAUAGCCAUCUGCAACCCUUUGAGAUAUGCCCUCAUCAUGAACCAGAGGGUCUGUCUGCAGAUGGCUGCCAUAUCCUGGACUGUGGGCGCUCUCACAUCCCUCGCACACACAGCCUAUGCCAUGCAUUUCCCCAUUUGUGGUUCUAGAGAGAUUUCCCAUUUCCUCUGUGAGGUCAUGGCCAUCCUAAAAUUGGCAUGUGAGGACAUCUCUGCCUACGAGAAGGCUGUGGUGAUGACAAGUAUUGUGGUACUCCUUGUCCCCUUGUCCUUCAUCCUGUCUUCUUACGCUUUCAUCUUCCUUGCCGUCUUCCGCAUACAGUCCCCCAAGGGCAGGAACAAAGCCCUGGCUACCUGUUCCUCCCACCUGACUGUGGUGAGCCUCUACUUUGGUCCAGCCAUACUGGUCUACAUGAGGCCUAGUUCUUACCACAGUCCUCAACUAGACCAGGUUCUCUUCAUGCUUGGUGCCAUCCUCACCCCCAUGCUAAACCCCCUUAUAUACAGUCUGAGGAACAAAGAGGUGCUGUGCGCUCUGAAGAAGGUGUUGGGAUGUUGCCUAACAUCAAGUCAGACCACAAGCACAUGA